UUUUACCUAUCAGCAGUCUUAUCUGCAGGCUAGAAUUCUUCUUGCAAAGCUAAGGUGAUGUUUUUAGCUCAGAGCAGUUCAAGAGCUUAAAUCAAAAAGAUGUACCUAAGUCGAGUGUUUGGAAUAAUAUUGAUAGUGUUGCUGGUUCAAGGAAGCUUCGCCUCAAGGCGUAAGACUAGAGCAGUGCACGUUAAACUACCCGGCAGCAACAAUGUGGCUCUGACCGCCGCAGUGCGCAGUCUUAAGGAUAAGAUUGACGAGCAAACUAAAAUCUUAGGUCGUCUGGCCAAUGCCACGGAGCAGUUAUCCACCAAAACAGAUGCUAUACCUCGCAACUGCGCUUUUACCGAGAAGUACGGGUACACCCGCAUUCAGUUGGAGGAGUCCAGCCAACCAUUUGACGUUUUCUGCGAGCAGGCCCUGAAUGAGGGAGGAUGGACAUUGGUUCUGCAACGCUUUAACGGCACCAAGCGCACCGCCAAGGAGUUUCGUGAGGGAUACAAUAGCGUCCAGGCUGGAGAAUACUUCCUGGGAACCGAUAAAUUGUACGCAUUGACCCAUUCGCGGGAUCACGAGCUGCUUUUCGUAAUGGAGUUUGUUGACCGGUCAACGCGCACCUACCAGGCCCAGCGAUUUGUACUUAACAGCCCCCAGGCGCACUUCGUUUGGUCGCAGGAGCAGGACACUGCUCGCUACAAUUGGCAAACGUGGGAGCAGGAAAUAGCUCGCCUGCCAGCUGGCAGUUCCUGGGAAUCCCUUGAACCCUGCCACUCUACUAUCUGUGGCCCGGAACGCUUCCUGGUCUUCUUGCUCAAGUGGAACUUUGCCAGGGGAAACCAAAGUCCUAUGGUGGGACGCCCGGCUAUUCGACUCUUCAAGCUGUUGCUCCGCCCCUCCAAUGCUUACUGGUCAUCCAACAAUAAAUAAGGCAUUCCGAUUGUAAUAUGAACGAUGUAAUCUUUAAAUGGUAUGGUAUCCAUUAAAAUAAAAGACACUAACACGAA